UUACAAACAACUUGCGUUUCUUUUCUUUGGACCAUAACGUGAAUAAAUUAAUAAUUAUUAUCAAUAAUAAUAGAGACGAUGUCUAAAUAAACAUGACUGCUCGAAAAAAUUUAUCACAAAAGAGUAGGGGGCGCCAAAAUACAAUAUCGAAGUUUCCCAAACACACAACUCGAUAAACAAUCAAAUAUUUGAAUUAUCCACUUGUCGUUUUUUAGAAAAUAUGACAAUCAGUUGUGGCCAUGGAAAAGAAAAAGGCUGAAGGUUUCACACCACCUGACGGCGGUUACGGUUGGAUUAUCGUCUUAUCUACCACUCUACUUAACAUAUCGGUUCUACCACUUGUACAAUGUUUCGGAAUUAUCUUCGAAAAGGAAUUCAAGGCUCUGGGGGUAACAGCUGCUCAAACAUCUUUCAUGAUGCAUUUACACAGCGCCAUCUACUGCAGUUUAGGAUUAAUUGGGAGCCCUCUCUUGAAAAAAUAUGAUUUCAGACGGGUGGCCCUUUUCGGUACUUGUCUUAUGUCCCUUGGCAUACUUAUGAGCAGUUUUGCCCGUUCGUAUGCAAUUUUAAUUUGCACUUUCUCGAUUUUAGUCGGCAUAGGACAGGGUAUUAUGCUCCCAGCGACGUAUAUUGCCACAAACACAUAUUUCAAAAAACGGUUAACUCUAGCCGUUUCGUUUUCAGUCACUGGUGCAGGCAUUUCUAACAUUUUUAUGCCUCAAGUUUGCUACAAAUUGGCCAAACAUUUGGAAAGUGCACAAAGUACGAUUCAAAUAUUAGCCGCCAUUUCUCUCAUAGGUAUCAUUUGUUGUUUCUUCUUAAAACCGAUAAAAAAACCUGAAAACGAUGCUGAAAAAAACGUACAAGAAAGUGAAAACAAAAAUCCCAAAGAAGAACUCGAAUUGCUCAAUCAGGAGGAAAAAGUUUAUAAAGAAACAACGAUGCCUGUCGAAAAUGAGACAAGCAUUUUUCGUAAAAUCCACCAACUAUUUAAUUUAGAAUUAUUGAAAGAACGAGCUUAUGUCGUUACAAUUAUCGGCAUGUCAGUUUCUUUUGCCACCGAAUUGAACCUAAUCGUAAUGAUGUCUUUCAUUUUACCGGAACUUGCCCAUUUUGAUCUUCAAAAUGUCGCUUUAGCAAUGUCGAUACAAGCAAUCGCCGAUAUUAUCGGCCGAUUGCUAAUACCACUAGUCGGCCAUUAUUCCAGUAUUUCCCCGAAAAUCAUGUACGCGUCAUCUUUGACAAUUUCAACAAUUGGCAGAACUGUCAUGGCCAACUUUUAUUCAUCACGAUCGGCCAUUUUUUUCUGCGCUACUCUGAUUGGACUAGCGAAAGGAAUCAAGGCUGUUUAUCAAUCAGUGAUAAUACCAAAACUUGUACCUUUAGAAAAAUUACCUGCAGCUAAUGGCCUUAAUAUGUUACUAACAGGAGUUGCGACUCUAGCCUUAGGACCCAUUAUUGGUGCAAUCCACGACAUGACCAAAACGUAUGUCUAUACUUUACAUACCGCAUCCGUGCUGUCAAUGUCUUGUGUGAUUUUAUGGAUUGUUGAUUAUUUUAUUUAAGGAAAAUGUAACAAGUUGAAUAAAACACGUGAUUUUGGAA